AUGAAGUUGACCACGCUUCUUGCCGCUUUCCUGCCUGUCAUGGCAAUGGCCCAGACCCCGAGCGGCGACAUAACGCCCAGCGGCAGCACGACGUCGAGCGGCGGCAUGACGACUAUUACUUCUACCGCGACCUACACCAAGACUAUCACUCUCGAACGCGCGCACACCACCACCGUGACCUACGGCGCUGGCAACAGCACUGCGACGUUCAAGCCCACAGGCUCGGGCGGCUCUGCCGUCGUCUCUGCCUCGGCUACCGCUGCGACUACUUCGAAACCCAAUGCCGGCGCCGCCCUCAACGCUGGCAGCCUGGCUUUCGCCGGUAUUGCUGGUAUGGUCGCUGCUGUCCUUCUGUAA